ACCGGAUCGCCACUCGGUUCCCCCCCCCCCGCCCCACCGCCCGCGACUCCGCCGGCUCCGGCCCCGCCGAGCCCCUCACCAUGGCCCAGGGCUUCUGGCGGCUCUACAAGGCCAAAGUGCUGCAGACCCUCGGGGGGCCCCGGGCGGACGGGGCGCUGCAGGACGAGGGGGACCCCCCCGAGCUGAUGGAGACGGCCGAGACCCCCGCGCUGAUGGAGGAGGGGCCCAGCCCCGUGUCCCAGCUGGCAAGGAAGGUGCAGGGGGUGGGUGCCCGGAGCUGGCGGACACUCUCGUCCCUCUUCACCCGCGAGGACGAGCACCAGCUGCUCAGCCCAGAGCCCUGCGCAGACCACCCACUGGCUGCUGAGCCACCCGAGCUGCCCCAAUCUGAGAAGGCACCCGGAUUUUGGGAUCUCUUUGCUACCAAGUGGCAGCAGGCGGCAGGGCCAGACAAGGGGGUGCCCCCCCCGGAGCCAGAUGAGAGCCCCGGGGAGCCCCCAGGCGAGGACGGCAGUGACCUGCGGGAGCCGGAGGAAGGGGCCUUCCACUGGGGCUUCCUGGCCGGCAAACUGGCUGAAAUCCGGAAUAAAAAUGCCCCCAAGGGCAACUAGAGGA